GUUUUUCCUCACAGAAAAAUAAAAUGGGCAAAGGAGAAGAAGUUAGCAACAAGCAGGUUCUCUUGAAAGACUCUGUAUAUGGGUCUCUCAAAGAGACAGACAUGGUUUUGAGCAGAGGGACCACUCAUCUAAAGGCUCCUCAAGGCUCCAAAGCCAUUCUGGUGAAGAAUAUCUACUUAGCUUGUGAUCCAAGGCCAAUCUGGUCAAAGGGAUUGUCGAAUACGAUAGAUUAUCCAAUCGAGGCUGGAUCGGUUAUAAGUGGGUUUGGAGUAUCUAAAGUCUUGGAUUCUGAUCACCCAGACUUCAAAGAAGGUGACUUGAUGUGGGGGAUGACUAGAUGGGAAGAGUAUAGCCUCAUUGAGACACCCAAGUUCAUGUUUAAGAUUCACAACACAGAUGUACCUCUCUCUUACUAUACAGGACUUUUAGGUAUGCCGGGUCUAAGUGCUUAUGCAGGUUUCUUUGAGAUUUGUUCCCCUAAGAAAGGAGAGUAUGUGUUUGUGUCGUCGGCAUCUGGUGCAGUUGGACAGAUUGUAGGACAGUUUGCUAAGUUGAUGGGUUGCUAUGUAGUUGGAAGUGCUGGGUCUGACGACAAGGUUGAUUUAUUGAAGAACAAAUUUGGGUUUGAUGAGGCUUUCAACUAUAAAAAAGAGCAUGAUUUGGAUGCUGCUUUGAAAAGGUAUUUCCCGAAUGGUAUCGACAUUUACUUUGAGAACGUAGGUGGUAAAAUGCUUGAUGCGGUUCUCCUCAAUAUGAGACAGCACGGCCGCAUUUCUGGGUGUGGAAUGAUCUCUCAAUAUAACCUUGAACAGCAUGAAGGAGUUCACAAUUUGUUUAACCUUAUCACUAAGAGGAUUCGAAUGGAGGGAUUCGUAGUUUUUGAUUACUUUCACCUGUAUCCCAACUUUCUGGAUUUGAUUCUUCAAUACAUCAAAGAAGGGAAGAUGGUAUAUAUAGAAGAUAUAGUUGAAGGCCUCGAGAGUGGGCCUUCCACCUUGAUAAGACUCUAUGCUGGCCAUAUAGUUGGAAGAGCGGUUAUUUGUGUCACUACUGAAUGA